AUGAUUGGGCAACCAGUACCUUUUACUAUUGCCGAAAUUAAUGAAGGAAUGAACGCAUUCCGCCAAACUUUAGACCAGCAGAAAAGCCAAAUCGAAACGCUGCUGGCUCAAAAGGUUCAAACUGAAGCCAAACUCACCAGCCUUACCAAACAAAAUGAAGCCCUUUGCAGCCAAAUACAAUCAGUUGCAUCUAAAACCAUUAACACCAGAAAGAACACUGAAAGGAAAAAGGAUCUAACAACAGGGAAAAAAACCCUGGAUCUAGACUCUUUGGAUGCAGGAACCCCCAAGAAGGACAAUCAAGAAAGAGCCAAAGAGGGAAAAGUAGAAAAGAUGGUCAAGGAAUACCUCAAGACAAUCGAGGCCAAAAUAGCCAAAAUCCCUGGAAUGCCGAAACCCAUGGAAGAAGAGGCAGCAGAUGGCUAUAUAGAAUCCCCAUUCUCAGAAGUGAUCGCCAUGGUAGAGGUCCCAAAGAGGUUCAGUACGCCCAAUAUGACUAUGUAUGAUGGAACAACAGACCCCGACGAGCAUGUAUCCCUUUACAAACAGAAGAUGAUGACAAGCUCAAUCCCUAGAGACAUCAGAGAGGCUAUCAUGUGUAAAGGCUUUGGAGCCACACUAUCAGGUCCAGCUCUAACUUGGUUCAUUAAUUUAGAUAAUGGGACUAUUCGAUCUUUUGCAGGAAUGGUGAACCUAUUCAAGGUCCAAUUCGCUAGCAGUAGAAAAAUAGAAAAGCAAUCUUCAGAUCUGUACCGCGUUGUGCAGAGAUAUGGUGAAUCCUUGAGAGAUUAUCUUAACAGGUUCAACAGGGAGAAGAUCGGAAUACAUAAGUGUGAUGCUCCCACAAUAAUCGAAGCGUUCAGAAGAGGAUUGCUAGACCAUAGUGAGCUCUACAAGGAAUUGACUAAGUAUCCCUGUACAACCUUUGAAGAUGUGCAAGCCAAAGCUAUGGCUCAAGUCAGAUUUGAGGAAGAUGCAUAUGCAAGAAAGACUCCUGAGCCAGAUCGCCAGUCAAGAAGGAACAACAAUUUUCCCAGAAGGGAUCAUCGAUUCAAGCCAUAUCAGCGUUCCCGCUUUGAUGAGGGAACAGUCAAUGCAGUCGAAGAAGAAUUUUCUGAUUGGAGGGAAGAUCCUGAGCUCCCACCUAAGUUACAUGAGUAUUGCUUUAAAGGCAACCCUGCAGGAGUAAUUAGGACCCUAAAUAAGAUGGGAGAUACUAAAGGAAGUGGCGUACGUGCUAAAGAAGGGCUACCUCAAAGAGCUCCUCAAGAUAAAUCUAAAGCUUCUGGGAGAGAAAGAGAAUCUAAACAAGGAGGUCCUCCUCCUCCACCUCCAAUUGUCAAAACCAUCUGUUUCAUAUCAGGAGGGUUAGAAGUAUGUGGCUUGACGUAUUCUGCAGCAAAGCGGCAUGCAAAGGAGAGUAAUAAGGAUCAACUUGACAAGAGGGAGAAAUCCAAAAUAGACAUUCCCAUCAUGUUCGAAGAAAGCGAUGUAGUAGAAGGCCACCAUAACGGCCUAGUGAUUUCACUCCCAGUUGGAAAUUGCAUGAUCAAGCGAAUUCUAGUUGACAAUGGAAGUUCUGCAAACAUCAUCAUGCUUGACACUCUGAAACAUAUGAACAUAGACGAAAAGAGCAUCGUCAACAAGUCAACAAUGCUAGUGGAAUUCAGUGGGGAAACCAAGAAGACAAGUGGAGAGAUUACAUUGGCCACGUACGCAAAAGGAAUCAACCUACAGGUCAAGUUCCUAGUAAUUGACACUCUAUCUUCGUACAAUAUGAUCUUAGGCAGACCUUGGAUACAUGAGAUAAAGGCCAUCCCCUCUACAUACCAUCAAGUCAUUAAGUUUCCUACUAGAUGGGGUAUUCAAGAAAUCAGAGGAGAUCCUAAGGAAGCAAAGGAAUGUUACAAGAUCGCACUAAAAGCAACAUCUUCAUAA